AUAGCGCGGAAGUGACGUAAGCAGCAGAUUUCUCGGAAGCUCGAGCCUCGUAGCGAUUAAACGGUGCUAGUUGCGAAGUGAGAAGCUACCAAAAUUCAUAAAAGCUCGCUCUAUUCAAUCAGAUGGCCUAUCCAGGAUACGGCGGGUAUGGUGGCCCCAUGCCAGGCAUGCCAGCCCAAGGAAUGCCAGGAGCACCCAUGGGCGGUCCCAUGCCUGGACACAUGGGUGGUCCGAUGGGAGGCGCCCAACCCCAUGGAGGCUACGCCUCAUACGGAGGAGGUUAUCCAGGUGGAUUUGGCGCUCAGGCACCUGCCGCCAAUGAUCCAAUGUGGGGCUACUUUACAGCUAUAGCAGGACAGGACGGUGAGAUCGACGCAGAGGAGCUCCAGAGAUGUCUGACUCAGGCCGGCUUCACUGGCAGCUACGCCCCCUUCAGCCUGGACACUUGCAGAAUCAUGAUCGCGAUGCUCGACAGGGACUUCACGGGCAAGUUGGGCUUCAAUGAGUUCAAGGAGCUGUUCGUGGCGCUGAACGGCUGGAAGCAGAACUUCAUGAUGUUCGACCAGGACCGGAGCGGAACCGUGGAGCCUCAUGAGAUGUCUCAGGCGGUCAACGCCAUGGGGUACCGGGUCAGCCCCCAGGCUCUGAACGUGAUCAUAAAACGCUACAACAAAGGCGGCAGGAUCUUCUUCGACGACUACGUGGCCUGCUGCGUGAAGCUGCGCGCCCUCACAGACAACUUCAGGCGGAGAGACAGCAUGCAGCAGGGAUGUGUCAACUUCCAGUACGAUGAUUUCAUUCUGUGCACGAUGUCCAUCUAGUGCUGCCAGCUGUCCCACGUCACGAGGACGGAGCGUUUGUGCCAGUCUGCGGCUGAUCCUGGAUCAGCGCCUCACAGGAAGGAGACGGGUGGUCAGUAACCCUGAACUGAGCUGCAGCAGGAACCAACCUGCCGCUUCUGAUCGUUCCGCUUAAGUCUUGUACGUAACGAGAUGCGCUGAAUAUUUAUUAGGUGCACUCGCAUAUUCACCGUUUUUAUCAUCGUCAAAGUAUAUUUUACUGUUAAACUGUAGGAGAAAAGUUAGAACUUUCAGAAUAAAAGUCAUCUACUUAUUAUUAGAAACUUGAUGUUUUAAGAUGACGUCCCUGACAAUGUUCUGGAGAUUUAGUUUGAAUUCAUUCUUUGUUUUCCCUGAAGCAAAAUAUUUUAGUCUUUACAGUUGCCAUUUUGAACUAUUAAGCUAUUUUAAAACCUGGAUCUCAUCGAGCUGCGACUGUUUGGGACGAAAUGUAUCGCACAACAUCUCGACUUAUUUCUUCUCAAAACAUUCGUCACGUCUGGGGCAUGUCUGUUUAGAUUAUGUUGCAAAUAUCUUUCUUAGUAGUAGGCCUGUCACAAUAACAAAUUUUGCUGGGCGAUUAAUUGUCUAAGAAAUUAUUGCGCUAAACGAUAAACAUUUUUUAAAAAUUUGACAAUAAUUACUAAUUAUUGUCAAAUUUCAAACAAUAUUAUUGGUUUUGCGUGUAGUACCUUUGUUGACAACAGUAUGGCAGUAUAAGGUUGUUGGAACUGAAGGAUGGAUAGUGAGGGAGCGAGCAGCGUGUCUCGUUCCUGUUUUUCAGUUCUCAAAAUG